GGGAAGGGUCGGAGCGGCAGGGCCCGGCGGAGCCGAGGAUGGAGGCGGCGGGAGGCAGCCGGCCCUCGAGUACCCCCGCUGCCCUCGCCAGGGAGCCCAGCCGGCCUGGGCACGGGGGGGCUGCGUGCGGGCGAACGGAGCCCCUCUCGAGCAUCUGCUGAAAUGCCGCUGCGGGAAAAUUAUCAGUAAUACCUCGUCGCUGCUGUUCCAGUUUGUGAGUUGGAUUGCAUAGAGCAAGUAUUCUGGCGAAAAGGAAUCACACAGACAUUCCAAAGCUACCUGGACGCAUUCCCGUGUCACCUGUUCCAGGUGACCCCCCCUUGGCAGGGGCGUUGAACUGGAUGAUCUCCAGAGGUCCCUUCCAACCCUAACGAUUCCGUGAUUCUGGCAUUUCCCAGUGGGCUUAAUGGUGCAGCAUUCCGCAUUUUCCUGAGGCUGAGCCUUUUUCAAAACCCUCGGAGCAACAUGAGGCUGUACCUCGGUAUGGGAAUGGGUUCCAUUUGUUACUUCAAUGCAGAUUCUUUGAGAGAAACGCGUGUCUUAUCUGACACCCCCUCACACUUAGAACUAAGAGGAGCCUGAGGCAAAAAAUAUUUUCAUUCGAAGAAAUCCCAUCCUGUGCUUGACCUGCAAAACAUGUGACUCCACGGAGGGAGCGGAGACACACUGCUGUUGUUUUCUGGUUGAACUUCAUGGCAGGAUUUUCUGGACUCCAUCACUGAGGAAAUGAGAUGCUCCGUGGAAUGGAGCCACUGCAAGUUCCUGCUCCACGAGAUACACAGCACUUACCCAAGCAGAUAUGGCAUCGGGGUAGCUGUAGAGCUUUGCCUGGGGAAGCACAUGUGACUGAGGUGGUUGUAAGAUACAUGUUCAGAAGAUGCUCUUAGCAGGAUUAACUCCUUCCAUCUGCAAACACCACGCAACUUUUUCAUGGCCAGUUUUAGCCUCCAGUGUUAUUCCGGAGCCCUUGAAGAAGGGCAUGUUUGCUUCUUUUCUUGAUUUUUACUGUAAGCUGGGAAAUAAACUUCAACCUUUGAAAUUCUUGGCUAACACUGAGAAAAUCUCCAGCAUGGCUCUUCCUUGUGUUUGGAAAAAAAGUAGUCCUUCAUUCAUAGACAGCUCUCUUUUAGGACACUUGGCAAAUAUUAUUUAGCGCAGCCUCUAACUCUUCCUGUAAAGUACAUAAAUGGCUUUUAUUUUCUCCUUUUUAAUUUUCUGUAUUUUUUAUGAUUACACAGACUAAAUAAUUCUGCAAGCAGGCAGUAAUGGAACUGAAAACACUGGUCAGCUUUCUGACUUUCUCUCCUGAAGCAUAAACCAGAGACUCUUCUUAUUGCAGGGAAAACAAGUUAGCAAGAAAGAUAACUCCAAAAUAGAAAUCAGUGUAUCUCUUGCUUGAAAUAUGAGACUACGCCUAAUGUGGGAAGUAUAGGGAUAAUACUGACUUUGUUAUGUUUGUAAAAUAAAUACAACUUUGCACACUCAGAACCAUGGAAAAUUACUUGGAAAACACUAGUAUUUUCUCAGAAAUUACACAUUUCCAACAGCUUCCAAGGAUUUUCAUUGCUUUCAGCAUUCAUUCAUAAGAUGAGCCUCUCUUCUGGUUGUGAAUUGGUAUUUUAAGAUGCAGAGAGGGUUAGAGAUUAUACCAGUCUCAGUAUCUGCAUUGAAAUAAUUGCAAGUGAGGAACAACCACUGGCAGCCUAUUAGGAGCGAAAAGCCAGUGAUAACAGCAGUGGAUGUUUUGGUUGCAGUCAGAACCAAUGUGGGAAGAGGAAUUGCAGCCACCCCCAGUUCUCUGACGUGUUUUCCUUGGAUAUUGCACAUGAACACGAGACGUCUGGCAAAAUUUUGAGAAGGCUCAAGGCGUUAAAGAAAGCUCAUCUAAAUAAAGGAGUGUUAACGUGACAUUGCAGUUACUUAAUCCUGUAUUGUCCUGCCAUGUGACUGCAGGGACACUAAGGCGCAGCAUUUCUUUUGCCUGGGGCACAGAUUUUGGCUCUCCUGUCCUCUUCCAGAAUUAGCUGUUCGUUAAACCCACCAUGCGAAGGAAACAGAGGGGCAACGAACUUUUUACAGCAAGGCUUCAACACACUGGGACAUUUCCAAGGCACAGUGACAAGCUCACAGCUGAAGAAUGAAUCAAAGGCAAACCCUACAGUCAGCUCUUGGACUCGUACCAGAAUCAAGCAGAACUGUGCUCUUAAGGUCAGCUAUUCAAAAUUAAUUGGAAGUAUCUGGAUUUAUUAGGAGCAGUUAAUCAGCUUUCUGUUUGACCUUUAUCUAUCCAGUUUUUAAAGCAUCAAGCUAAAGCCUGAAAAUUGUGUCAAAUAUUUUCCAUGUGUCAAAUGUACUGUGUAGACACUGAGCACCUUGCCGCUUCCUUGCACAAAGUUUGCAGUUUUAAUUGCAAAGCCUCUUUCACCCUGCAGCUGAAGAUCCCGACACACUCGCUCUGUGAGUGAAGAAUCAAUGUAUACAGCUUUAUCUCUGAUUUUGAACAGGACAUGCAAUAUGCAGAUAUGACAGAUAAGUUUUUGAAGUAAAUUCCAAACUAAUCCUUGGACUUCCUGUUUUUUUACUGUAUUUGUCAUAGUUUCCAUUAUGUCCAGGAUUGCAUAUUCAUCCAGAAUCACUUCAUUUAAGCUUGGUAUCGCGACAUCUUGUUAAAUGGGGAAGUAAUUACCCUGUAGACUAUGACAACAGGAUAUGUGAAUGAAGGAGGUCAUGGAAAACACCGCUGUUCCAGGUGGAAUCACGAGGAUAGUGGAGAAGACGAUGCGCACCCGGAAUGCUACAGAGGAGAUGAAGAGGGCAGGCAGCACAGGCUGACCCCAUUUGAGAAACUAAUGCAGGAUAUGUCUCACAAUGAAAAAGUGGUGAAAGAAUUAACCCUGGGAAAGAGAAUUGCCUUCUAUCGAGUCAGAGGAGAAAUAGGAAGUGGAAAUUUCUCACAAGUGAAGCUUGGAAUUCAUUCCCUAACCAAAGAGAAAGUUGCAAUUAAGAUUUUGGACAAGACAAAGCUAGACCGGAAGACUCAGCGUUUGCUGUCUCGUGAGAUAUCCAGCAUGGAAAAGCUGCAUCACCCAAAUAUCAUCAGGCUGUAUGAAGUGGUGGAGACACUCUCAAAACUGCACUUGGUGAUGGAGUACGCUGCAGGUGGGGAGCUCUUCACUAAAAUUAGUACAGAAGGAAAGCUGCUAGAAACGGAGUGUAAAAUAAUCUUCUCCCAGAUUGUGUCUGCUGUGAAGCACAUGCAUGACAAUAAUAUCAUUCACCGGGACCUGAAAGCAGAAAACGUCUUCUACACUAGUAACACCUGUGUUAAGGUGGGAGACUUUGGAUUCAGUACAAUGAGUAAAAGAGAUGAAACUUUAAAAACUUUCUGCGGCUCUCCUCCUUAUGCUGCUCCUGAACUCUUCCGAGAUGAAAACUAUAUAGGCAUCUAUGUGGACAUCUGGGCACUAGGAAUCCUCCUCUACUUCAUGAUGACGGGUAGCAUGCCAUUUCGGGCAGAUACUGUAGGCAAACUGAAGAAGUGCAUUCUUGAAGGGACAUACACUUUGCCUCCUUGCCUCUCAGAAAAUUGCCAGAAACUGAUAAAAGGAGUCCUUCAGCCCGUACCAACCAAGCGAUACUCUGUCAAACUGAUUAUGAACAGCGAAUGGAUGCAAGGAAUACAGUAUCCCAAACCUUUACAGACAUUUAAACUGGAUCCUAAGUAUUUAUCAGAUGUCAAUACGCUCAAAGAAGAAGAAAUUGAAGUGAAAAAUAUUCUGGAAGAUCUGGGAAUCACAGAGCAGCACAUUCAAAAUAACCGGGGAAGAGACGCACGCAGCUCAAUAACAGGGGUCUACCGGAUUGUGCUGCACAGAGUACAGAAGAAAAGGGCACUGGAAUCUGUUCCUAUCAUGUCCCACCCGGACCCCACAGAACAAGACUUGAGGAAAGGAAUUCAUUCUUACAGUGGGAUUAAGCACACAUCCAAGCUGUGUUCUAUUUUAUAAAUUUGCACUGCAGACUGUACUCAGCACAUUUGACAGAGAGGAUUAUUCACUUUUCAGAGGGGAUUAUUGACUUGUCAUAAAUUCUGGUGUUACAUUUUUUUGUAAUUUUUGAAUAAACCAAAAAUGCCUCAUCUUCUUUGCAUUUCGCAAGACACAGCAAAGUGCUCAAACACAGAGUUCUUGUGCAUUUGUUUGACCCUUGCUCCAGAGACAUGGUAUAGCCAGUGCAAGAACACCAGUAAUCCAUAGGAUCACAAGUGGAGGGAGGUGAUUUUUUAGUAAAGAUCAUACCACUGUGUUUAACCCACUUGGAGAUUCUCAGUAUAGGCGUGUAACAGCUAACUUCUGCAAUGCUGUACCUCAGCUUGACACAACUUUACCACUGCAAACUAGGACAGUUUUUGCAGAGAACUAAAUUUAAGCAGAGACCAGACCAUAAUCUAAACAACUGCAAAUUCUUUUGAGCUUCCUAAUCAAGAUAAUUUCAAAAAAGCACUUUCUUUUAAGAAACAGCAGUGCUGCAGUUCUCAGUUUGUUAUGAUUCCAAAAGACAAAUUAAGAUACAGUGCUUUAACCGUGCAUGUGUGGUUGCAAUUCCCAAUGCAUGACUGGUUGGACUACCAUCAACUAACCUGACACCUUUCACUACUUGCAUGAUUCUGCCAGUUGGGAACUGCUUGGACUCAUUGCCCUCCAAUAAAGAAAGAUUUAAGUGUACUCCAAAACUCAUGUAGUUUUAAGUUCUUGCUGUAGCACUUGUUACCAGUAGCUGAAUGCAACCAGUAGCAAAAUCCACUUGUAUCUGCUGAGCAUUACAGGCUUGUACUCAACUCCUGCCACCCUGCUUUGGCAACCAAACCUGUAGCAAAGAUGAUCUUGACACUCUUGCCCUCUGCAAGUUAAAGUGGGAUAGGCUGACACCACCAGUCACUCUGAGCAUCACCAAGAUGUAGUUGCUCGAAUUUUCAGCUUUAAUUGCUGAUUUUAUACUUCAUCUUCAACAGCAUCAGCUCCAAUGCAAAGGACAAGAGAGGUAGCUUUCUUCCCUGAACAAGGACAGCUGACCUGCCUGAGCUAACAGGUAGAGCCUGAAUGACUUUAGUUAAGACAGCUGAUACAAGUUUUACGUAGGUACAGCUGGUGCUUUCAAGUGUUAAGGGCAGGAUGCCUUAUCUGUUAUGAGGGCUGAUGGGACAAUUAGUUCUGACUUUGGGAGGAGUAAUUAAUUUAAAUAACAACAGAAUGAGUCUGAAAAGCCACCCCUAGGAAACUGGACUCAGUAUGUACAAAGUAAGACAAGCCCCUGCUGCAGAUUUUCUGAGGGGGAUAAAAAAAUACUAUCUUUUGUAAGACAGUAAUAAUGAUUAAUUCCAUUUCAUGAGAUGGGGAUUAAUUCCUCUGCUAUAAACAGUUCCCAUAUGAAAGCAUUUUAAGUUAUUUUGAGACACAGCCCUGAUGUAGUGGUUUUACACCAGCCUGAGCAACCCCUUCGUUUUGUUGGGAAUGACACAAAGAGAGAUCCAGAUUAUUCAGACAGCCUGUGAACCCACAACUUUGGGUUUUCAUAGAGCCAGUUUCCUCUUUCUUUCCUGUUGAAAAUAAAGCGUCCUAAAAACCCAACAAGUCAGCACUACUCCAACAGGUUUCAAAUAUGUCAAACUUUAUUUUAAUAAAGGAUCAGCCUCACAGACCUGGGAGGUCUGUGCCAGUUGCUCACUUCUUGGUUUGUCCACUGCCAGCAAUGGACUUUGUUCCAUGACAGUUUGUUUUCCUGGUGCCGAGUUAAGUUUCACGAGGGCAACCUAAACCAAAAUACUUGCAAACACUAUCGUCAUGCAUCAUUGCUCCAUCAUUUUUAGCAGAACAAACAGAUUAGUAUUCGUCAAUUUAUAAUAAACAACUAUUUUAUCAAGGCUUGACUGUACAAAUACAGCAAGUUAUCAAAUCCUAGUGAGUGACAGGUAAUACAAACACUUCAUUACACACAGAAAAAAUUGUGAUUAACAGAGAAAUAAUUUUUUGCUACUUUAUAUUAGAUAAUGUGGCUUUGUAGAAUUAGCAAAGAAAUAAACUCAACAAAACUUAAUCUGUACAUUAGCUCAAUUUAAAUAUAUAUAUCUAUAGAUAGAGAUAGAUAUAUAUAUUACAGGCUUAAAAGGCUCAUGUCAUAGUUCAUUUCCAAUCUGGGCUUUAAAAAUCUACCAGAAUGGGCUCCCCAUUACCACUGUAAAUCUACCACUGGCAAAAUGGAUAGGUUGUUGGAAAAAAACCAACAAACAAAACACAAAAGAAAUGAAAGACACUAGUCCUAGAGUAUUACCAAUAGUGAGAAGGACUUCAAGGUACAAAGCCAAAUUCAAAGUUAGAAAUAGUCUUUUGGAAAUGUAUUAUAUAAAGACUAGUGAGAGACCAGAGUUCUGGACAAACUGAUGAGAUCGCUCUCUUCCUUUGUUUGCCAAUUACAACAGCUCCGUAACGUCUAGAAGUUUUAUUUGAAAAUUCUGCUGCCUUGGAUACUUCUACUAAUGAUCCAGAAAGGUGCCAAAUCAAUGAUCCCAUUUCUUUAGAAGAAAAAAUUUACUACUUCCCUUCUUUUUCCUCUUUCCUCCCAGGCUGCCGUGACUUGCAAUGCAGGCAUAAAACACUUAAUAGGCAUAUUAGGAGAAAUUACAUACUAACACAGUGGAUCAGAGAGUUUCUUCCAAGAAAACCACUUGUCAGCCUAGCUGUUCUUGAUCCAGUAAUUUUGAGGGGAAGAGAGAUUCUAUUCCAACAAUGGAUGUUACUUGGUUCUAUACCUUUCCCAAAGCAAUGGGGUGAUGGGAGGCAAACUGGGAGAAGAAAGGGAAGGUGAUAAAGUGAAAGAGAAUUGCAGUAUUCGGAAGAUUGACUGCUUAUUGUCAAGGCACUGAGAACCCUAACAUUGAAAGCUUGGACUAGUUUGCACGCACUUGAGUACUAGUAGAAGUUAACAGUGUAGGUUUCAAGUCAUUUUACAUGGAAAGAGCAGGCAGAAGAUUCCUUUUGGUUUUUUUCUAUGUACAAAGACUUUGUAAUAGACUACAGCUACUUCUCAGCAAUUAAAAAAAUUCAGACAAGUUAAGGAAUCCACAGAGGACCAAGCAAGUCCUUCUAUCUCCAAUAUACUCCUGAUUUUAGUGUUCUGAAAAUACUUUAAAAUCAGCACACUGCAUUAUGAUGGUUUUUUUCAAGAACCUUAAACAGUUUUUUUACGCUCCAAUGAAGUACUAGUGUACACUGAAACUUCAGCACUACUGCAAUCCUAUUUCUCUCUCUCUCACCCUACCCUUACACCUUCUUUCUUUCCCCACCUCACAGAGGUAUCUUAAUGCUCCCCAUUGGAAAGGGCAACAGUAACGCCUUCAGUUUCUGUUGUUGCAGGGAUUCUUGGCACUUUCUUAGCAGGGCUUGGGAUGUGCUAAGAAGAAGGGAAAAAAACCAUUAAAUACAGAUUUCCAGUUCACACACAUUCAUACUUCAUGGCUCGUCCAACUCUCAAACAACAUUCAUGCUACACUGGACGGCUUGACCUAAAGUCAGUCUAAUCGGUCAUGCUUCAUGCAAACAGACUGUGUGAAAAGAGCCAGUUUUGUUCCUGUUUCGUUCUUGUGCAGUUUCAUUCUCUUUAUGAUGAAAUGUACUUUUUUAAAAUCCCACAUUCAGUUUUUUACUUCUGGCUUGUAUGUUAGGCACGUUAGCAAAGUAUUCAAUAUAACUCGUUAAACCACUUCCUCUUAACAUACAUGCACAUGCUAAGACAGACAUGUAAAUGGUUCCAACCAUUUACAUCAAACUUUGAAAGAGUGCCGAGUGUUCACCUCAUGAACAACGCCUGGGUGCACAACUCCAACUCUUGCCUCCAGAGGUCCAUCACCGAGGAGUGGGCGCCGGGCGUAAGUUCUCCUGUGUUUUUCAUCCACACGCACAAGGUACCAGGUUCCUUCAAAGAGAUCCUCUACUGAGCACUGUGGAAUAUAGUUGGCUGUAAAAAAGGGAAUAACAGACUGUUAGUUGUUUCCUGGUGAGAGUUUUAUUUAACACAGGCCUUUGCAGUUUGGAUGCACUGACAUAGACAAAAAACAAGUCUGGAUUUUUAUUUCAGCCCAUGUUGGGCCAGUGAAGACAAGCUACUCAGAAGCAGAAAAAGGCUGGACAUUUCCUUCAUUCUACACCCUAAUCAUUUGAAGUCAGCUGAAAUAAGUGAUGAGCAUUUUGCUGUAGGAUUAGGAAUGAUUUAUAUUUAUGAAGUUCUUACCCAAAUGGUGUGUUUCCUGUCUGAUCUUCAUGUUUUCAGCAAAGACAUCAGGUGCAAUACACUUUCUUGAAUCAAGUCUUGUUUUGAGAUCAGAAAGGCUGGCAGUUAUCUUGUCCAGUGCAGAACCUGCAAUACAGAACCAUCGUGUAAGGCAGCACCAGUGCUGAGAACUGCACAGCAGCAUAUUAACAUUUCAAACUCAUUCAAAAUACUUUGCAUUACAGAAUCUCAACUGUUAGUCAUUUAAAAGUAUUCCCAAUUACCCAAUCAAAACAUUAACGGAGUUUGAAGAUUAUUAUUUGUUCAAGGAGACGCAAACAUUCCCUGGAGCUAGAACACCCUCAGUUUGGCACUGAUAUCACUAGGCAUUGCUCUGCAGGUUUUAUGAUGCUGGUCCGCUGUGUAAUAAGGCAUUGAGAAUGACCUGUGCAAGGGAGGUGGGUAACAUCUCAUGUCACUCACCUGGAGUGGCAUCCUGUGUAACCCUGAUGGAAUACAGGGUAGCAGCAAAACCAGAGCCGUAGGAGAACACACUGAUUCUCUGUCCUGCCAGCUGCUCUGGCGAGUACCUGCAAAUCGAACAACAGCUUUUUAAUGUGGGAGUUAAGCCCAGGUGUCAGUUUUAAAUAACUAGAAAUUGCAGCUAGCUUAGGAAAAGUAGUCAGCAAAUCAUAUCGUCUACGAUACACAUUUAGCUAUGUGCAUAAAUUCUGACUUUUAAAAACACAAAUUCAGAUAUUGUGAUGAGUUCCAAAGCUGCCUUAGCAAAACAGAGCUGACAAAUGAGAGAGUAUGAUUAUCUAAAAAAGCAGUCAGUUUUCAUUCUUGAAUGGCCUAAAGCCUAAAAUGAAGAAACACAUCUUGGAAGGCAAUGUCAGAAUAAAGAAAAAGGGAUCUAGGAAGAGUGGUUUAACUUAAACUUAACGUGAUUUUGUAAAAGGCUGUCAUUGUAAAAAAAAUAAUUAAAAAAAUUUAAAUGCUAA